GUCUGCCCCGUUGCUCGGCUAAACUUACCUCUCCAGUCGCCCCUCCUUUUCUCCUCUUGUAGUUCGCUUGCAAAUGCUUGGGUAUGCCUGCCUCAUCCCUUCGCUAUACAUUGUUGUGGUGCUGCCGUGAGAUUUCUUGCUGCCUUGCUCGGAGUUCCCCUCCUCUUUAUCGGACUUCGGCCACAGAUUACACGAACCAUUAAUAUGGAGGGCCAGGUCGAUGUACACAACACAGCGCAGCAACCUUGGGAACUCUUAUCCUCCUCGUACAACCAUUUCCUACCAUUCUUUGUCUUGGUUCCAUCCCGCUCCCCGUGUCUUGAUGUCACGGAUCACAAGAUGACGGCUCGAUGACUAACAAGUCUUUUUGGCUGGUUAUAGACAACCAUUAUCUCUCCAUCUAUCUACCAGGUGCCACAUUUCUUGAGCCGGAUUUACAACAUGUAAGACUUUAAUCAAAAUGACUCAGAACCUCAACAGGCCGUUCGCCGCAAUUUCCGCGGAUACUCCUUACUAUGACCUCGGAUCCUUCCAUCGAUCAGUCACUACCGCUAGCCGGGACGCGCAGAUCUGGUUCAACCGGGGCCUCAUCUGGUGCUAUGCCUUCAACCAUGAGCAGGCGGCGGAAUGCUUCAACCAAGCGAUUGCGCACGACCCGACAUGUGCCAUGGCGUAUUGGGGACUCGCGUUUGCGCUCGGGCCGAACUAUAACAUGUCGUGGGAGGCCUUCCCGCCUCAGGCAUUGGAUAUGGUGGUAAGCCGCACACACUCGGCGCUUAUCCAGGCCCUGGAGAACAGCGGAUCUGCGUCGCCAGUGGAGCAAGGCCUCAUUCGAGCACUUCAAGCCCGCUUUCCUCAGAAACAUGCGCCGAAGGAUCCACAGCAGCUCCAGUCAUGGAGCAAGUCAUAUGCAGAGGCAAUGCGGGUGGCAUAUGAAAGGUUCCCAGGCGACCUGGAUGUCACUGCAUUAUAUGCCGACAGCCUCAUUAAUUUAACACCCUGGCGGCUCUGGGACUUGCACACCGGACAUCCUACGGCAGGGUCGUGUACGCUGGAGGCCAAGGAUGUCCUUCACCGCGCUUUGGCUGAAGAGGGCGGCUGCGCACACCCGGGCCUGCUGCACGUAUACAUCCAUCUCAUGGAGAUGUCUAGUCAGCCGGAGACGGUGUUGCAGAUCGCUGAUCAUCUCCGUGGGCUGGUCCCUGACUCUGGACAUCUCCAUCAUAUGCCCACUCAUAUUGAUAUUCUCUGCGGGGACUACCAGCGAGCCAUCCUGUCCAACUCGGACGCUGUGCGUGCUGACGAGAAGUAUCUUGCGCUGUCUCGGCCCCAGGGCAUCUAUACAAUGUACAGAGCCCAUAACCAUCACUUCCUGAUCUAUGCAGCUAUGCUCGCAGGGCAGUACAAGGUCGCAUUAGACACCGCGAUCAAAUUGGAAAGGUCACUUUCCGAUGAAAUACUACGCACGCCACAUCCCCCCAUGGCCAUGUUCCUAGAGUCUUUCGUGCCCAUGCGCGUACAUGUCUUGAUCCGCUUCGGACGCUGGCAAGUCCUCCUCAAAACCAAACUUCCAGACGACCAAGAGCUAUACUGCGUAACCACCGCCGUGAUCCACUACGGGAAGGCUGUCGCCUUGGCUGCACUGGGUAGAGUCGGCGAUGCAGGCAAAGAACAGGAACUGUUCCGUGCAGCCUUCAAACGAGUUCCGCGAUCCCGCACCUUGCACAACAACACCUGUGUUGACAUCCUAGCUAUUGCGCAAGCCAUGCUCGACGGCGAGCUGGAAUACCGCCGUGGCAAUACCACCGAGGCAUUCCAGCAUCUGAGCCACGCCACCAGUCUCUACGAUAAACUUCCGUACGACGAGCCGUGGGGCUGGAUGCAGCCCAUCCGCCAUGUUCAUGGCGCCUUGUUGUUGGAGCAAGGGCUUGUGGAAGAGGCGGCGGACGUCUAUGCUGCUGAUCUGGGGGUGGAUGAUACCUUACCGCGCGCCAAACAGCAUCCCAAUAAUGUGUGGUCAUUGCAUGGGUACCAUGAAUGCCUGGUGCGAUUGGGCCGUGGACCCGAGGCGCGCAUCCUGGGGUUGCAGCUCAGGAUGGCAUUGGCUCGGGCCGAUGUCCCCAUUAAAUCGUCUUGCUUUUGUCGUCUCGGUGUCGGACAGAAAUAAGCGAAGGAUAGUGGCUGUCUUACGGCUUGACUUUUCGUAAUUGGCGCCGGCUUGCAUUCUGUUCUGCUAAUCUCAGAAGGACGGUAUCUGGCAUGCAGCCUUCCGUUGCUAUUGGUUAUGAGGAGCCUUAUCACAGAUGGGAGCAGUUCGGGUCUAUUCCGUAAGGCUCGUUGGUUGCGAUGUUGUCUAUUGCUGGUAACCACAAAAAUUAUAUUCUAAACUUCAACAAUCUCCCGCAG